AUGCGCUAUGGCGGCGUAGGCCUCCAUCAAGCGCGAGUCAUAGCUAUCGACCCGGUCAUGAUCCAGACAUGGGCCAAGUUCCUUCUCGCCAUCGCAUUCAUCUACAUCUUCAGCGUGAUUCUCCCCAAACUCGCCGUGCUGAGCCUGUACAUCUCUAUCUUCAAUCGACACCGCGCCUCCCGCAUUACCUGCUACGUCACCGGCUUCCUGAUGAUCGGCAACUGCAUCGGCUGUGCGGCGGCGGGCUUUGCAGUCUGCACGCCUCUCCGGAAGCUAUGGGACCCGCAGGUGGACGGGCACUGCGUCAAUAUCAAUGCGUGGUUCCGCUACUCGCGGAUCGUGAAUAUCGUCUCGGAUGUUAUCAUGCUCGUCCUGCCUAUCCCGCACGUGAUCCGGUUGCAGUCAACCAUGCGGUUGAAGAUUGGUUUGUUGAUCACAUUUUUGUUGGGGAGUGUGGGCCUCAUCGCCGGCCUGAUUGCCCUCUUUACGUUCAGUACUACCGAUGCCGUCACAGACAACACCUGGAACGCGGCAUUAUUGAUCAUCUGGACCCUCGUCGAGGUGGGAAUGUAUCUUAUUGCUGCGUGCUUGAUCUCGUAUCAGCCGCUUGCUAAGUUUAUCUGGAGAAAUACUUGGCGUCGACGACGAGGGCAGAAGAACAGUGCUCAGGACAAAGAACAUAGCCAUGUGUGGGUCCGGGCGAAUAGUAUGCCUAGUCAGAAUCAUAGUACGAGGGGAAAGACCGAAGAAGAGUACUUGGAGCUGAUGACCAGGGAGCGCUCGGACAGGGGGUCGUCUAUCUCCGGGGGGAUUAUGAUUGAGCGCCAGGUAACGAUGGACUGA